AUGGCAGAGGCGCAGAGGAACACCACCGGGCCAGACUUGGCGGCGACAUCGCAGACAGCAUCACCUGCUUCAGGAGACUCACCGGAAGCCGCGAGAAAUCUCGCGCCUGGGGCCCUUGAUGUAGAUGAGGCGGAGCAUCAAUCCGAUACAGCUUCAACGAUCGAUAGCCGAAUUUCAACUUACUCGGCAUCUCUGUCUGAAAGCGUACUUGACUACCCGACCGAGAAUGGCCGACGUUAUCAUGCUUUUCGGGCUGGCUCCUACUUUGCUCCCAACGAUGAGAGCGAAAUGGACCGACUUGACUUCAAUCAUAUGCUGAUACUCAAAACCAUCGGAAGAAAGCUUUUUCUGGCCCCUGUCCCGAAAGAGAAGACCCAUCGCAUCCUUGACAUUGGAACCGGUACAGGUAUCUGGGCCAUCGAGGCAUCGGAUAUGUUCCCCAACGCAGAGGUCAUCGGUAACGAUUUGAGUGCUAUUCAGCCCAAAUGGGUGCCACCCAAUGUCAAAUUUGAGGUCGAUGACGUCGAAAGCGAAUGGAUCUACAACGAGAAGUUUGAUUUCAUCUUCUGCCGGUACAUGGCAGCAUCCAUCUCGGAUUGGCCAAGGCUCAUGUCGAGAAUCUACGAAAACACAAACCCUGGCGGAUGGGUAGAAUUUCAAGACUACGAUCUCUUGUACAGAUCAGACGAUGGCUCGCUGACUGACGAUCAUCACACUUCGAAGUGGACCAAGGACUUCCUUGAUGGCUUUAAAUCAAUUGGACGAGAACCUUGCCCGGGUCCCAAACUGGAGGGCUGGGCUAAAGAAGCUGGGUUUACUAACAUCAAACAUCAGGUGUUCAAAUUGCCCAUUGGACCUUGGCCAAAGGAUCCCUACUACAAGGACGUAGGAAUGACCAAUAUGAUCAUGCUCCUCGAUGGCUUGGAGGGCUUUACACUGCGAAUGUUCUGCAGUGUUCUCGGGUGGACAAAGGAAGAGGUUCAAGUUUUGUUGAUGUCGGUCCGCAAAGAGCUCAAGGCUCCGGCAUUCCAUGCCUACUACAACCUCCAUGUGGUCUACGCACAAAAGCCCGAGACCAAGAGGAAUGGUUAA